AUGCAAACCAAGAUUGAACGGCUGCCUCAAGAACUUAUCGAUUUGAUUGUCGUGCACCUGUCCCUGCAAGACCGCCAGACACUACGACUGGUCUCGAAGCAGCUCUACGCCCUCACUUUCACGACGUUCAGCAACACCUACUUCUCCAGACGGGUCACGACGCUGGGCGUCCCGUCUUUGAGUCGACUAGUAAAAACAUCUGCGCAUCCCAAUCUCUCCAGCUGUGUCUCUUUGAUCGAUGUCAAAUUGUUAAAUUACGAAGACUACGGCAACCUCCGAGAAAUCGAUCGCGUCGGUAUUUAUCCGCCACCGAAGAGACUACAAAGAGUGCCCCAAGUCCGAACAACAACUGGGGAUAUCAGCCAAGAAUGCAAGCUUCUCGACUAUAUGCAUACCCAUCGAGAUCCCAAGGCUGUUAUUCAUCCACUCUCGCGUGCCUUGAAAGGUUUCCGCAACGUUAAGACCAUUCGCUUCAGAGUUAAUGGCUUGACACUGUAUGGGAAUCCCUAUAUCAGCGCCGAAGAGGAGGUCUACCAAUCUUUUCUGUCGGCAUGCUUCAGAGCUGUUCUGGAUGCCAUCAUCCGGUCCGGGGUUAGAUUGCAAGAGUUCACACUUGUCAAGGGCCACACCAUCCGCCCGCUAAGCAAGUCCGCCAACUUGGAUUAUUCAGCUUUCAAUCUUCCCGUCCCUUUCUUGCUUUCCCUAAAGAGUGCAUUUGCUUCUCUGAAGUCGUUGCGUUUGUCAAUCCGCACCUAUCACAAUGGCAAUUCCCGAAUAGCGGGCUGGGAGAAGGGCAUUUCGCACGUCAUCGCGGCCGCUUCAUCUUUAGAAGAGCUUACAAUUUGUUUGCAGGCGACCGAUAGUAAGCCCUGGUUUAGAGCUGCUGUGAUCCAAAACAUCUGCCGCUCCCUGGAGCUGCCGAUGCUUAAGUCCCUCCAAUUAUAUGGCUGCGUCGUCGAUGAGCUGGACCUCAUCGCACUGAUCAAGACACAUGCAUCAUCGUUACAACGUCUUCUCAUCAGCGACACUGAAUUGCGUUCCGGGACCUGGCUAUCAAUACUGAACAUAUUUAAGGAAGAUUUGGACCUUGAUCUUCUGCGUCUCCAAUACUUGCAGCAAAAUGCAGCCCCUCGAGUCAUUCGUUGGUUUCCAGACGGCAUCAGGAACUCGAGCAAGUUGAAUAUAGAUGCCAGGAAGAUCCGGGAUCAGUGCUGGAUGAAGGAGAGACUAUCUCAAGCAAUCUCCUCGCUUGCUGCCACGGCAGAAGAGCACGAGAUCUCCGAAAUAUGA